CCUCUCCCUUCCUCCUCAGACAUCCGAAAACGAAAUGCAGGCUAGGCCCGCCGCCGCCCCGCUCUCCGCUCCCGCCCCUCCCAAAGAUUCCGCCGCCGCCGCCGCCGCCACCGUAGUCUCUAUCCUCAGCGACGCGGAACCCGACGACCGCCUCCGCGCGUCCGGCAUCAGCCCGGACCCCGCCCUGUUCCCGCACCUCCGCAAGUCGCUCACCGCCCUCCCGGAGUCCGCGUUCCCCGUGCUCGCCCGCUGGGCCGGCUCCGCCGCAGCCGUCUCCCUCCUCGCCUCCCGCGGCCUCUUCGCGGCCUCCUGGCGCCUCCUCCUCUUCCAGUCCCCUUCAUCACCGCCCCCUCCCCUCGCCGCCUUCGCCCCGCUCGUCCGCCGCUACGCCCGCCUCGGCCGCGCCUCCGCGGCCCUCCGCGCCUUCCACUUCCUCCGCCACAACCCCGACCGCUACACGGUCGAUGGUGACGGCUCCCCCGCCGCGACCUCCCUCCUGAACAUGGCUGUCGGGGCGCUCUGCAAGGAGGACCACCCGCGCCCGGCCGCCAAACUCGUCGAGCGGUGCCUGCGUGAGGGGGAGCUGGCGCCCGACGAACGGACCUACAACAUGCUCCUCGACGGCUGGUCCAGCGCCCGCCGGCUGGACAAGGUCGGGAAGCUCUGGGCAGAGAUGCGCGUGGCCGGCGUGCGCCCGACGGUGGUCUCAUACGGGACUCUCAUCAAGGCGGUUUGUCGGAUGCAGCAGCCGGACCAGGCACUGUCUCUCCUCGACGAGAUGCGGAAGGAAGGGAUCCACGCGAAUGUGGUUACCUGCAACCCCAUCGUGCAUGCCCUCGCUCACGCCGGCCGAUUUCGGGACGCAUACAACCUGCUCGAGAAAUUUCCUCUCUACGGGGUGGCGCCUAAUAUCUCGACAUUCAACUCGCUCGUGUUGGCUUAUUGCAAAUAUGGAGACCUUGCCGGGGCUAGCGGUGUGCUCAAGGCCAUGAUGGGGAGGGGCAUCUUGCCAACGGCAAAAACAUACAAUUACUUCUUCGUGUUCUUCGCCAAGACCGGCAAUGUUGAGCUGGGGAUGAAUCUUUAUAACAAGAUGGUCAACAAUGGUUAUGCGCCGGACCAAACCACUUACAACCUCCUGGUCAAGAUGUUGUGCGAGGCUAAUCGGAUUGAAUUAGUGGUGCAGAUGAUAAAGGAGAUGAGAGCUAAUGGCUUUGAGUCUGAUCUGGCAACAAGCACCAUGCUGAUACAUUUGCUUUGUCGAAGCCAUCGGUUUGAGGAAGCAUGUGCUGAGUUUGAGGACAUGUUCCGUAGAGGCCACGUGCCCCAGUAUAUCACUUACAGGAUGCUUAUGAAAGAGCUCAAGCGGCUGGGUUUGGUUCAACUGGAAGAGAAGUUGACCGACCUAAUGCGCUCAGUACCACAUUCUACAAAGUUGCCUGGCAGCUACAGAGAAAAGGAAGGCGACAAUGCUAAAGAAAAGAGAAAGUUAAUAUUGGAGAAAGCUCAGGCUGUUUCCAAUGUUCUGAAGGAGUGUAAAGAUCCGAAGGAGUUGCACAAGCUGAAAGAUGAUGAAGAAACUGAUGUCCAGGCCGCAGAUAGGAUAGUAGCCAACAUUAGAAAAAGAGUAUAUGGGGGUGUCUCUAGGUUAGCCUCUCCACUUCCUUGAACAUCGAGUUGGCAAGAUCAAAUCAUGAAGAUUUACUGGAUGAUCAGGGAUUUUGAAGUUGAUCACCUAAGCAAUUUAUAUUUCACACGGUUGAUUGCCCUUUGGGAUGUUCAAGAAGCAAGAAGAGAUUGUAACCUCUAAUCCUGUUUGGUUCUUUUUGUGGAUUGGAUAUCCUCCGUGAGAAAUUCACAGAAUAGAAGCAGUGGACAUGCAUGAAUUAAUUUA